GCCGCCGUCGCUCCCUGCUAGUUAUCGGCAGCGGCGCUGCGUUCGACGAGGCUCCGGCGGAAGCUUCGUGGCUCCAGGAGUGCACCAGCCCCUACAUCGUCUCAAAGCUCGCUGCAGAGAUGAUCUUGGUCAGGCUGUGUCCCUGGGCAGUCGUGGUGCGGCCAGGGUUGGUGGU